UUCAGGGUCUGCGUCUCUGUUGGAUUUUUGCAUCAGUGCCUGUUUACGCACUUAGAGUUAUACAUAGUUCAUCAUGAGUCCUGGGAUCCAGAUGUGGACGCUGUGCGUCCUGCUGAGCUGGAUGUGUGUGGUUCCAGCGCUGGGGGAGCUGCAGUACAUGGUAGCAGUUUCUGCCGUUCUUGAAGCUGGAGCUGAAACCAGGUUCUGUGCGAGUCUCCUAAAGCCCAACAUGAACGUAGUCAUGACCGUGACUUUGAGAUCUGAGACAGAAAACACAACCCUUUUCAUGCAGACGUCCAAUGAGGAGUUUCACACCUGCACCCAGUUUAAGGCUCCUUUAGUGCAGAAUCCAGAGGUUCAGAGGUUUGAGGUGGAGGUACGAGGUGAUGGCUUUUAUUCCAAAAGAGUCCAAAAACUUAUGAUCAAAGUCUAUCAACCAAUGACUUUCAUUCAAACAGACAAACCGAUCUAUCUGCCUGGACAAACAGUGCAUUUUCGAGUUGUCUCGCUGGACAUAAGGUUCAGACCUGCCAACCAGCUGUACGAUGCCAUUUACUUGGAGGAUGCCCAACAGAACCGGAUUGGACAGUGGCUGAAUGAAACAUCCAACAGUAAAAUCUUGCAGCUUUCUUACUCCCUGAAUUCUGAGGCUCGUGAGGGAACCUACACAAUCGCAGUGUCAGUCGGUGGAAAUAAAGUGUAUCACUGGUUUAAGGUGGAAAAAUAUGUUUUGCCCAAAUUUGAUGUGAAAAUAAAUUCAGUUGAUGAAGUUUUUAUUAAACAGCAAGAAUUUAAAGUUGAAGUUUGUGCCAAGUACACGUAUGGACAGCCUGUGCCCGGAAGCGUUGAGGUCGUAGCGUGUCGACCUCUCGAGUCGUCUUUCAGAAGUCCUGUUGUUGUUACCCCUGAACAUCCAGAGGGAAUCCCAGCAAUAACUGCUCCGUGCUACAAAGACACACAGCAGCUGAACAGAAAAGGCUGCAACACGUUCACGUUCAGGAUGUCGGCUUUCACGACAGUCGAUAACAUUAUACUGACAGAUGUACUGUCCCUCAGUGCCAAAGUGAAGGAGGAGGGCACAGAUAUUACCCGCCUGAUAGAGAAGAAUGUACAGAUUUCUUAUGUUGUUGGAAAAUUAUCCUUUUUUGAUACACCCACGAUUUUUGAACAAGGAUCAUAUGUGAACGGAAAUGUUAAAGCAAUGAAUCAUAAUAACGAACCCAUUGCUGACAUGACACUGUACCUGUUUGUGAGUGGAAGUCAGCCGACAACCCUGCUACAGAUUCUCACAACUAACAGCGAUGGCGUUGCCUCUUUUUCAUUGAACACGACGAACUAUAGCACGGACAUCGCCCUUCAUGUUGAUGACAAACCAAAAAGGCAUUCGGGUGCCCCUAGAACCCCAUCUUAUGUAGAUGGAGAACACAGGUUGUCUCUGGUGCAGGAUGUUUCUCCGGUCAUUAAAACAUUUAGCUCCCUGGAGGUGAAGAACAAAGAUAAACCACUUCCCUGUGACACAGAGGAGGACGUUUUCAUUCAAUACACUGUGGUAGGAGAGAAAGAGGGAAACGUGGAUGUGAUGUAUCUGGUUUUAUCCAGAGGAGUCAUCAUUAUGCAAGGACAUAAACAAGUUGAGGUGCAGAGUAAACAAGUGAAUGAGGGUGAGGUGUCCUUUAAGAUCAAAGUGUCUCCAGAGAUGGCACCAAUAGUCCAUGUUGUAGCUUACGCCGUUCUCCCCAGUGAGAGAGUGAUCGCCACGACUGCCAGGUUCUCCACAGAGAAAUGCUUCGCUAACAAGGUGUCGUUGGAGUUCUCUCCGUCCUCAGCUGUUCCUGGAGAGGAGACCACCCUGAAGGUGACGUCUGCACCUGAUUCUCUGUGUGGCGUCAGCGCUGUUGACCAGAGUGUCCUCAUUCAGGAGCCAGGGGAGAGUCUGGAUGCAGAUAAGAUAUUCAGCUUGUUGCCUGUCGUGACUGACUUUACUUAUGAAGUUGAGGAAAUAGAACCAGAAUGUCUGCCGUUAAAGAAAAGAAGAUCUGUAUUUAAUCAUAGAUUUAGUGACAACGACGCCUAUCCAGUUUUUAAGCGCGUAGGACUAAAGAUGGCAACUAAUUUGUUGACUCGAACGCCUACAUGCGUCAACUUUAAAGGAUCAAUAUAUCACCAUUCAAAAUAUAGUAUGAUUUCAGAUUUCGACUGUUCACAUGGAGUAUAUGCCCUCCAGACUUAUGAGCCUGCUCCAGGUCAUGGCCCUUUUCCUCCUCAUUAUUCUCUACUUCCAGUAAUCCGCACUUUCUUUCCUGAGACCUGGAUAUGGGACCUGGUGCAUGUGGGAGAGUCUGGACAGAAGGAUGUGUCCCUCACGGUCCCAGACACCAUCACCACCUGGGAGACGGAGGCUUUCUGUUUGUCCCCUCAGGGUUUUGGUUUGGCUCCUCGUAAACAGAUCACGGUCUUCCAGCCCUUCUUCCUGGAGCUCACUCUGCCCUACUCCAUCAUCCGGGGGGAGAACUUUGUGCUGAAGGCGACUGUCUUCAACUACCUCAGCAGCUGCAUCAUGGUCACUGUGACUCCUGCCCCGUCUCCACAUUACACCCUCACUCCUCUCUCUGGUGACCAGUACACGUCCUGUCUGUGUGGCAGCGAGCGUAAAACCCUCAGCUGGACCAUGGACCCGUCCAGUCUAGGGACAGUAAAUGUGUCUGUCAGCGCUGAGGCUGUAGCGUCUCAUGCUACAUGUGACAAUGAGAUAGUGAGCGUUCCAGACAGAGGUCGUAUCGAUGUGGUCACCAAAUCUCUGAUUGUAAAGGCUGAAGGAACUGAGAUAGUGAAGGCCUACAACUGGCUGCUCUGUCCAAAAGGAGAGGCUUUAACAGAGGAAGUAGAACUACAGCUCCCACAGAAUGUGAUUGAUGGAUCUGCUCAAGCUUCAGUGUCUGUUCUAGGCGACAUCCUGGGCCGAGCCCUGCAGAACCUGGAGGGACUCCUGCGGAUGCCGUAUGGAUGUGGGGAGCAGAACAUGGCUCUUCUAGCUCCCAACAUCUACAUCCUCCAGUACCUGAAGAACACACAGCAGCUGAGCCCAGACAUCAACGAGAAGGCGACAAACCUCCUCACCAGUGGCUACCAGAGGCAGCUGAACUACAAACACAGUGAUGGCGCCUUCAGCACAUUUGGAUCAGGAGCAGGAAACACUUGGCUCACGGCGUUUGUGAUGAGGUGUUUUUCUAAAGCUCAGUCCUUCAUCUACAUUGACCCAACAAAGAUUGAAGAGUCUAAGACCUGGCUGAUUAAUAAACAAAAGGCAAACGGCUGCUUUGAACAGUCUGUGCCUCUGUUUAACAACAGAAUGAAGGGUGGAGUCUCUGAUGAAGUGACUCUCAGUGCUUACAUCACUGCUGCCUUCUUGGAGAUGAACACAUCACCUGAUAGUCAGGUGAUAACAAAGAGCCUGUCCUGCCUCAAAGAGUCCAUCAGUGACCUCAGUAACACCUACACUACAGCUCUGCUGGCCUACGUCUUCACUCUGGCAGGAGACAAGGAGACUCGUUCUCUCCUUCUGCAGCACCUGGACAAAGUCGCAUCCAAAGAAGGAGGUUUCCUCUACUGGUCUCAGAGCUCAGAGGAAACUUCAGCCUCUCUGUCUGUGGAGAUCAGCUCCUAUGUGUUACUGGCCAAACUCAGUGCCUCACCUACAGCUGAGGACCUGGGCUACUGCUCCAGUAUCGUUAGGUGGCUGACGGGGCAGCAGAACCAGUAUGGAGGCUUCUCCUCCACCCAGGACACAGUGGUGGCUCUCCAGGCUCUGGCUCUCUACUCCACUCUGGUGUUCAGUCCAACAGGUUCCAGCACAGUGACGGUCCAGUCUCCCAGUGGCCAGCUGACAUUUGAUGUGAACCAGAACAACAAGCUGCUCUACCAGGAGAAGACGCUGCAGGACACAACAGGAAAGUACAGCCUGGAGGUGAAGGGCACCGCAUGCGCUUCCCUGCAGAUUUCUCAUCACUACAACAUCCCAACUCCUGCUGAUGCCACCAGUUUCAGUUUAGAAGUCACACCAGAGGCCAAUUGUACUAAAACUCACAAAGCUAUACUCACUCUUAAGCUGAGAUAUCAAUAUAGAGGAAAGGGGAACUACACCAACAUGGUGAUCCUGGAUAUUAAAAAUCUCUCUGGGUUUUUCCCAGACCCAAAGUCUCUGUAUAACAUUAAACAACAAGUGUUUCUGGAUCGCAUUGAAGAAGAGGAGGAUCAUAUUCUGGUUUAUGUUGCACUGGUAUCAAAGAAGUUCCCAAUGGAGCACACCUUGGACCUCGUUCAGGAGGUAGCAGUCCACAACCUGAAACCAGCUGUAGUCAAAAUCUAUGAUUACUACCAACCAAGUGCCCAUGCAGAGACAGAAUACAUCUACCCCUGUGCUGCAGGUGUCGGUCUACAAUAAGACAAACAUGGUUACUGUAAUAGGACAAAUAUUAAAACUGUUAAACCCAACAAGAAGAAAUUUUAUUCUCUUCAUUAUGACUAUUUCUUUUCUGCUUGACAGAUGAUGUGUGUAAUUUAAAACCAUGAUAUUAAAGUUG